UAAAAUCACAUAAACCCUAAAACCACAGGCGAUUGGGAAUGGGUGAAGGAGCCGUCCAAGCCCAAAUGGAGGCGCUCACGCUGGCCACCAAGAGCGGCAUCGAGUGGGCGAAGUACUCCCAUCGCGUCUUCAUCAAGAGCAUCCUAGGUCGCCCGGAUGGAGGCGCGGGACUCCUCGGCCACAAUGUGAGGGUUGGGGGAUGGGUCAAGACCGGGCGGAGCCACGAGAAGGGGCGGCUCACAUUUCUGGAGCUCAACGAUGGCUCCUGCCCCGCGAAUUUGCAGGUGAUUGUCGAGGAUACAGUGACGCCGGAUGCGCAACUUAUCUACACUGGAACAUGCCUCGUGGUCGAGGGGGAAUUGACGCAGCCUCCCGAAACUGCAAAGAAACAAAAGGUGGAGCUGAGAGCUCAGAAGGUGCUGGAAGUUGGACCUGUCGAUGCUUCCAAGUAUCCGAUCGCCAAGGGCCGGCAUACUCUGGAGUUUUUGAGGAACUUGAUGCAUCUCAGAUCUCGAACAAAUACGAUUUCUUCGGUUGCAAGGAUUCGCAACGCUCUUGCAUUCGCCACCCACACAUUUUUCCAACAGAAUCGAUUCGUGUACGUCCACACUCCGAUCAUCACCACCAGCGAUUGCGAAGGUGCUGGCGAGAUGUUCCAAGUUACAACAAUGUUCUCGGAAGCUGAGAAGCGAGAGAAGGAGCUCGCAAGUACCCCGGCUCCGACUGAAGCGGACCUUGAGCAGGCAAAGGCAGAGGUUACGAAAUGCGGAGAAGCAGUGAAAGCGCUGAAAGCCGAGAAGAAGAGCAAAGAUGAAAUUGCUGCGGCAGUGUUGAAGCUUCAGACCGCUAAAGACGAGCUUGCGAAGGUGGUCGAGCGGAUGAAGCUUACAGGUGGAAUUCCUAGGAAGGACAAAGGAGGAUUUGAUUACACUGGUGAUUUUUUUGGACGUCAGGCCUUCCUGACUGUCUCCGGCCAGCUCCAGGUGGAAACGUACGCAUGCAGCUUAAGCAACGUUUACACCUUUGGCCCGACGUUUCGUGCUGAAAACUCGCACACAACGAGGCAUUUGGCGGAGUUUUGGAUGAUCGAGCCGGAACUUGCUUUCGCGGAUCUCCAGGAUGAUAUGAAUUGUGCUGAAGACUAUGUGAAGUUUCUAUGCCAGUGGCUUCUGGACAACUGCUACGACGACAUGGAGUUUAUGACCAAGAUGUGGGACAACACGGCCCUGGAUCGACUGAAACUAGUUGCUUCUACGCCGUUUGCGAGGAUCACGUACACACAGGCCAUCGAGAAGUUAUUGGAGGUGAAGGAUAGAACCUUCGAGAACCCUGUUUCAUGGGGAGUCGAUCUGGCCUCCGAGCACGAAAGAUAUCUUGCUGAGGAGCUCUUCCAGAAGCCAGUGAUAGUGUACAACUAUCCAAAAGACAUCAAAGCGUUCUACAUGAGAAUGAACGAUGAUGGCAAAACUGUGGCAGCCAUGGAUAUCCUCGUCCCAAAGGUUGGAGAACUCGUUGGUGGAAGCCAGAGAGAAGAACGAUACGAAGUUCUGGUGCAAAGGCUCCAAGAGCUCAAUCUUCCAACGGAACCAUACGAAUGGUACUUGGAUCUACGACGCUAUGGCACCGUGAAGCACUCGGGCUUUGGCCUUGGCUUUGAGAGAAUGGUUCUUUUUGCCACUGGCCUCGAGAACAUCAGAGAUGUAAUACCUUUCCCGCGCUACCCCGGGAAAGCCGAGUUUUAAAAACAUUUAAACCCGUUUUAUCCCA